AUGAGUGAGGAGCCGCUGGCGCCUGGGACCAAGCAACCGGGCAUCAUGUCAAGACUUCUGCCUCAUAGACAAGUGCGCUGCAGAGCAGGAGUAAUCUGCAACUUCCGGUCAUCAACAUGUCAGGCCUUAGUCCUGGAGAUUGGGGAAACUGUACAGAUUUUGGAGAAGAGUGAAGGAUGGUACAGAGGCUUUUCCACCAAGAAGCCUUCUAUCAAGGGGAUUUUCCCAGUCAGCUAUGUCCACUUGAAGAAAUCCACAGUGACCAACAGAGGGCUGUGUGAGACGGUGGUGCCCCUGGAGGACCCCAUCAUCACAGAAACCACCUCCACACUGCAGGAAUGGGGGGUCUUGUGGAAGCAGCUCUAUGUGAAACACAAGGUGGAUCUAUUCCAUAAGCUGCGUCAUGUGAUGAAUGAGCUCAUCGACCUGCGCCGGCAGCUGAUCCAGGGUCACCUCGCCCAGGAUCAGACUCGUGAGAUCAAGCGGCACAUCACUGUACGACUCGACUGGGGCAAUGAGCACCUCGGCUUAGACCUUGUUCCCAGAAAAGAGUUUGAAAUGGUGGAUCAGGAUCAGAUCAGCAUAUCAGAGCUACACAAACUGCAUAUAUCCAGCAGACACUGUGGUCAGCAAAGCACAACCCAGGGUGACAGCACGAGACAACGCCAUGGUGACGGUUGCCGUGUCCCUGUGUCACACCACCUCUUCAUCAACCUGAAGAGCUUUACCUACAACAGUAUCAGCGAGGAUGCAGACGUCUUCUUCUCUCUGUAUGAUACUCGGGAGGCCAAACAGAUCAGUGAGAAGUUCAUGGUGAAACUGAACAAAAAUGGAGGACCAAAGAAUCCAGAGAAGGUUGACCGUCUGUGUGCUCUCUUCACGGACCUAAGCAGUAAAGACUUGAAGAGAGAUCUGUACAUUGUUGCACAUGUCAUAAGAACUGGUCGAAUGCUGCUGAACGACUCAAAGAAAGGCCCCCCGCAUGUGCAGUACAGACGACCUUAUGGCUGCGCAGUUCUUGCCAUGAGUGACGUUUUCCACACGAUCACAGACCUCAAAGAGGAGAAGGACUUUGUGCUCAAAGUUUACACAUGUAACAAUGAGAACGAGUGGCACCAGAUACAGGAGAACAUCAUCCGCAAGUCCAACACCAAGUACUCCGCUCCCAGCACCAACUAUGGUAAAUAUGACGUCUAUACUGAUCUGGGGCCUCAUGUAUAA